AUGUCAACUGAAUGCUUUUUUGGAUGCCUCAAACGAUUUAUUGGUAGACGUGGUAUUCCUACUCAUAUAUACUCGGAUAAUGCGUCAACAUUUCGAGGCGCAAAUAACGAAUUAAAUGAAUUGGGUCAAUUUGUAACUAAUAACCAAAAUUCAAUAUUGACUUAUGCAACUAACUUUAAUAUCAGCUGGCAUUAUAUCCCCCCUUAUAGUCCAAAUUUUGGAGGGCUGUGGGAAGCAGCGGUUAAAAGCAUGAAGUUUCAUUUGAAACGAGUAAUGAACACUUCCGUUUUAACUUUUGAAGAAUUCUCCACUCUGUUAACUCAAAUUGAGAGCAUUUUAAAUUCAAGACCUUUAAGUUCAAUGUCUAACGAUCCUAAUGAUCUCGAACCCAUCACACCUGCCCAUUUCUUAAUUGGACGACCAAUUACCGCUGUUCCGACACCCGGAAUCGAAAGUAUACCACAAAACAGACUGUCUCGGUGGCAAUACGUACAACAGCUGCGUCAACAUUUUUGGACCCGUUUUUCCAAAGAAUAUAUUCAUCAAUUACAUCAAACUUACAAGUGGAAAACCGGCUCAGGCCAACAAUUACAUAUCGACAGUUUAGUGCUGAUUCAGGAUAAACACCAACCGCCCAACAAAUGGGCAUUAGGAAGAAUAUCGAAGUUAAUACGUGGCCCAGAUGACGUACCUCGAGUAGCAGAAAUCACCACAUCACACGGACUCAUCAAAAGGUCUACACGACACUUGUGCCCAUUACCAGUUGUAGCCGAUUAG